ACAAUAUUAAUCAAAGUUCACAACAUUUUUUUAUAUAAAUAAAAUUCCCAUUUUUUCUCUUCUCCAAAUUCUCCUAAGUAAAAUUUCUCCAUUACAAUUCUAGCCAUUUUCUUGAUCUAAUGGCAUCAAUUGCACAAAAUGGACAUGUUAAUGGAGAAGUUGUAGCCAUGGAAUUAUGCAAGAAAUCAAUUAAUGUUGAUGAUCCAUUGAAUUGGGAAAUGGCUGCUGAAUCUUUAAGAGGGAGUCAUUUGGAUGAAGUGAAAAAGAUGGUGGAUGAAUUUAGAAAGCCAAUUGUUAAACUUGGGGGUGAAACUUUGACAGUUGCACAAGUUGCAUCCAUUGCAAAUGCUGAUAAUAAAAGUAAUGGGGUCAAAGUGGAACUUUCGGAAAGUGCAAGGGCUGGUGUGAAAGCUAGUAGUGAUUGGGUUGUGGAUAGUUUGAGUAAAGGUACAGAUAGUUAUGGUGUUACUACUGGAUUUGGUGCAACAUCUCAUAGAAGAACCAAAAAUGGUGGUGCCCUUCAAAAGGAACUUAUUAGGUUCUUGAAUGCUGGAGUUUUUGGCAAUGGAACAGAAUCAUCUCACACUUUGCCACAUUCAGCAACAAGGGCAGCUAUGCUUGUUAGGAUCAACACUCUGCUUCAAGGCUACUCUGGCAUUAGAUUUGAAAUCUUGGAAGCAAUUACUAAGUUGAUCAACAGCAACAUCACCCCAUGUUUGCCCCUCCGUGGCACAAUCACUGCCUCGGGUGAUCUUGUCCCUCUUUCCUACAUAGCUGGUUUGCUCACUGGCAGGCCUAACUCCAAGGCUGUUGGACCAAAUGGUGAGAAACUUAAUGCUGAGGAAGCGUUCCGCGUGGCUGGUGUUAGUGGUGGAUUUUUCGAGUUGCAGCCUAAAGAAGGACUUGCACUUGUGAAUGGUACAGCAGUUGGUUCUGGUAUGGCAUCAAUGGUCCUGUUUGAUUCCAACAUUCUUGCUGUCAUGUCUGAAGUUUUAUCGGCGAUUUUUGCUGAAGUGAUGAAUGGAAAGCCCGAAUUCACUGACUAUUUGACACACAAGUUGAAGCAUCACCCUGGUCAGAUUGAGGCUGCUGCUAUUAUGGAACACAUUUUGGAUGGCAGCUCUUAUGUCAAGGCAGCUCAGAAGCUCCAUGAAAUGGAUCCUCUUCAAAAACCAAAGCAAGAUCGUUAUGCUCUCCGAACAUCUCCACAGUGGCUUGGCCCUCAAAUUGAAGUCAUCCGUGCAGCAACUAAGAUGAUUGAGAGGGAGAUUAACUCAGUGAACGACAACCCAUUGAUCGACGUUUCAAGAAACAAGGCCUUACAUGGUGGCAACUUCCAAGGUACCCCUAUUGGUGUCUCCAUGGAUAAUACAAGAUUGGCCCUUGCAUCAAUUGGGAAAUUGAUGUUUGCCCAAUUUUCGGAACUUGUCAACGACUAUUACAACAAUGGGCUGCCAUCUAAUCUCACAGCAGGAAGGAAUCCAAGCUUGGACUAUGGACUCAAGGGAGCUGAAAUUGCAAUGGCUUCUUACUGCUCGGAACUUCAAUUUUUGGCAAAUCCAGUGACUAACCAUGUCCAAAGUGCUGAGCAACACAACCAAGAUGUGAAUUCAUUGGGCUUAAUCUCAGCAAGGAAAACCGCUGAGGCUGUUGACAUCUUGAAGCUAAUGUCAUCAACCUAUCUCGUGGCGCUUUGCCAAGCUAUCGACUUAAGGCAUUUGGAGGAAAACUUGAGGAAUGCUGUCAAGAACACAGUGAGCCAAGUAGCUAAGAGAACUUUGACAAUGGGUGCUAAUGGUGAACUUCAUCCUGCAAGAUUCUGCGAGAAGGAAUUGCUUCGAGUCGUGGACAGGGAAUACGUGUUUGCCUAUGCUGAUGAUCCCUGCAGUUCAACCUACCCUUUGAUGCAGAAGCUGAGACAAGUCCUUGUUGAUCAUGCAAUGAAUAAUGGUGAAAGUGAGAAGAAUGUGAACAGCUCAAUCUUCCAAAAGAUUGUAGCUUUCGAGGACGAAUUGAAGGCUAUGUUGCCUAAAGAAGUUGAGAGUGCAAGAGCUGUUCUUGAAAGUGGCAACCCUUCAAUUCCUAACAGGAUCACAGAAUGCAGAUCAUAUCCAUUGUACAGGUUGGUGAGACAAGAACUUGGAUCAGAACUGUUGACAGGUGAAAAAGUUCGAUCGCCCGGUGAGGAGAUUGACAAGGUGUUCACAGCAAUGUGCAAUGGACAGAUUAUUGAUCCAUUGUUGGAGUGUCUCCAGAGCUGGAAUGGUGCUCCUCUUCCAAUCUGCUAAAUGUUUGCCAGAUAAAGGACCAGUUGUUAAUGCUUGUCUAGUGCUAUUUUUCAGAUUCUUUUUUUACUCUAUGGUGAAUUACUAUCAUAACAUGUUGUGAACUUACGUCUUUUUUGGUUAACUUGAGAGAGUGUUUAAACUCUCUUAAAUAUGAAUAUGUCUCUUUUCAGUAAAAAACUUAAAUGAAAAGUGACAGUGUGCUUGUGUCUAUUCAA